UCCCAACCGUAGCUAGACGCUGGAUCCGGAGCUUCAUGAAGAGCUGGUACGCCAGCAUCUCCUUUGACGAUUUUCAGAUGGAGAUCUCCCCGCUUGAGAAUGCUGGUCUGGCACAGGGAUCCCCGCUGUCCCUAAUCUUAUUUGGAUUCUUUAACUCCGACCUGGUCGACCAGCCCGUCAACCACCACGGCGGCGCGUCAGCUUUUAUCGACGACUACUUUCGAUGGCGAGCCAGUCAGUCCGCGGAAGACAAUAUCAGAAAGAUUCAGGAAGAGGAUAUCCCCCACAUUGAGGCAUGGGCCUGACGGACAGGAUCCUCGUUUAACGUGAAGAAAACAGAACUAAUCCACCUGACAAGGUCCAAAAGGCAGCAUAGGGUAGGACAGAUCACAAUAAAUAGGACGGUAAUCAAGCCAAGCGAUACAGUAAAACUUCUAGGCGUGAUCUUUGACAAGGAGAUGCAGUGGAAGGAACAUGUACAGCAAACAGUUAAGCGAGCAACCUAGGUGAAUAUUGCCCUGGGGGGAUUGAGACACCUCCAUCCAGAGCAGAUGAGACAACUCUACCAAGCAUGCGUGACACUAAUUGUGGAUUACGCAUCUACUGUCUGGCACAACCCACUAAAGGAUAAGAUACACCUGAGAAUGCUGGGAACGGUACAACGAACCACCCUUAUUUGCAUUCUCUCUGCCUUCAAGACGGCAUCCACGGCAGCCCUAGAGGUGGAAGCCUAUGUGCUACCAACCAAUUUACGACUCAAACAACGCGCCCAAAUAGUGGCUGCCCGCCUCAGCACCCUUCCAGAGGAUCACCCAGGCCAAACAAUUAAUCCAACCCCCCCACCACCAUGGCAGACACCAGCAUUUGUAGAAAUCGACAUUGAACCAGACCGGGAUAAAGCCAAAGACAAAGCAUCUGCUAGGCAAAAAGCAUCUGGCAUCACAGUCUUCUUCAAUGCAUCAGGCCAACAGAACGCACUAGGAGCCGCAGCAGUAGCGCUAGACCAGAACCACAACAUCAUCCAGCACCAGAAAGUCUGCAUCGGCUCUAUAGAAUACUGGUCGGUAUAUACAGCAGAGCUUAUGGCAAUAUACUAUGCCAUCAGCCUUGUCCUUAAGAUUGCAAUGGAGAAUCAGGUCAUCCUAGUAGGCCAACAGGAACCGGCAACUAUCCUCAGUGAUAGCAUGUCAGCACUCCAAGCCAUCUCAAACACACGGAACAAAUCAGGCCAGAGGAUUAUUCAAGCGGUUCAGCAAGCAGCCCAGGAGUUAAAAGCGCGGGGAAUUCCGCUCUGUCUCCAAUGGAUGCCAGGACACUGUGAUAACCCAGGAAAUGAAGCGGCCAAUCGACUGGCCAAAGAAGCAGUUAGCCUAGACAAAGAACACCCCUUCCAACAUCUUCUUUCACGAGAAAAAGGUUUCAUCCGCAACCGAAUCCAAGAAGACUGGGAGCAGGGAUGGAGAACCUCCAAGAACGGAGGCCACCUUCGCCGGAUAGAUAGAGAUCUACCCGCAGUUCGUACCCGGAGGAUAGAGGAUGACAAGUGUGAAUGUGGAGCGAUAGAAAUAGUGGUUCACGUCCUGAUUCACUGUCCCAAAUUGAAGAGCAUACAACAAGAACUACGGAAGAAGAUCGGGACUGCAUUUAACAAUAUUUCGGACAUGCUGGGAGGAGGAAGUCAAGGUAAGCAAGAUAGUUGUAUCCUGCAUAUCGCUUCGGCGAGGGGUCAGGGUAUGAAUUACACACACACACACAAACUCCUCAUGGAGCCUCAUAGAGCUCAAAUUAUCCUAGUUUUAGUUUGGGCGAAGAAGGCGACGUGUAAAUUCUGUCUGUACACUCUCCUACCUAUCGUAGCACCUUACCCACACACCGUUCCCAGCGUGGGUCGGCUCCGGCUCAACGAAACCAGCAGCUCAACGGAAUCGAUUUUUACUGUACAUAAAAUUUGA